AUGCCAUCAGCGAAUCCUCACUGUAAUAAUAAAAGAGCAUCUAUAUUUGCUCAGACAGUAUUCGAAUAUUUCCCGCCAAGUAUUUUUGAAAGUAUUAUAAAAUAUACAUACAAUGGAACAGUUUCUCUAAGUUCGAGGAACCCGUCGGAGAUUCUAGACUUAUUAUUGGCAUCAGGGGAACUUCGCCUUCAGGAUUUAUCGGAUCGAAUCCAAACCUAUCUCAUAGAAGAAAACACCGAAUGGACAAACACGCAUUUCGUGCUCGCAUAUCGAACCGCAUUCCAGGAUGAAUCGUUCAAACGACUACAAGCGUACUGUAACGAAGCAUUUGAGAAACGACCGGAAAUUAUCUUUGGAUCAAGUGAUUUUGGUCUCCUACAGAAACGAGAUCUCUUGCGUCUGCUGAGACAGAAAAAUCCAACAGUACCACAAGUUCAAGUUUGGGAAAGUCUAAUCGAAUGGGGUAUCGCUCAGUCACCUGGCUCACCAACUGAUAUUGAUUCAUGGUCGUCAACGCAUUGGUCGGAUUUAAAACGGUCUAUACGCGACGCUAUCCCGCUGAUACGAUUUUGGAAAAUAUCGCCAAAUGAUUUUCUCAAUAAAGUCAUCCCGUUUGAGAAAGCUCUGCCACGUACCAUAUUCCAUGAUAUACUACGACAUUAUUUAGUUCCACAACCACCGCCUCAAUAUACUGUUUGUGCUGUUUCGCCUCCACCAUAUCCAGAUGUAGAAUCAACACUCAUUAAUGCACAGCAAGUUGGUGCGAUCGCAAAUUGGAUUGCAUGGUCACAACAAACACCACUAGAGUCAAAAGUUAAGUUCUUUUCCACAUCAUAUCAUAAUACCAAGGAAAGUUUUGUCUUCACUUUUGGUUUGCCACGCAGUAAUGAUGAUGAGAAACAAAGUGAACCCAUUUGGAGUCGUAUCAAGGAUUCAACCAAGGCUAUUGGACAAUACGCACAUUUAGGACCCGACUUCGGCGAGUCUGAUUUGUCGAUGCAAGGAUUCAAUUAUCGUGAUGAAAAGUUAUGUUUCUGUCGACAAGAUUCUUACGAACUUCCAAUAAUGGGUGAUGGUAAAGAAAAGGUGUACUUUUCCGCUGAAGAUUAUGAAGUGUUUGAAGUUCUUUUAAAGUAA